CCGAAGGACAUAAAAAUAGGAAAUGGAGUCGGAGAACGUAAAGAAGUGGGAAGCCGCGGCAGCGUUUGGUGUAAUCGCCGGAGGUGGAGGCGGCGGCGGAGGCGAAUUCUUGUUCGCGUUCGAUGCUAUCGUCUCUGUCCGGAUGGUAUAAUAGUCCUUACGGUCCACGCUUUCUUGAACUCCCCCUUCCUUCCUCUUCUUACAUCGAGAAUAAAUAGGGGUGAGGGAGAGAAGUAUUCAAGAAAGCAAGAAGUAGAAGCAAAUUAAAGACGGGAGGGAGGGAGAGAGAGAGAGAGAGAGAGAGAGAGAGAGAGAGAGAGAGAGAGAGAGAAGCGAGAAAGAGGAUGAAGGAGGUGAUACUGCACGUGUACGACGUGACCAACAGCGAAUCCGAGAAGACCAACAACACCAUCCUCCAGAUUAACCGGAUCUUCAAGGACCGCGUCGGCCUCGGCGGGAUCUUCCACAGCGCCAUUCAGGUAUAUGGAGAAGAAGAGUGGUCAUUUGGGUUUUGUGAAAAUGGUUCUGGAGUUUUUAGUUGUCCACCAGGUAAAAAUCCUAUGUAUACCUAUCGUGAGCAUAUCCUUCUGGGAGGGACAAACUGUUCGAUCUUGAAAGUAAAGCAGAUAUUGAGGGAACUUAGCCAAGAGUGGCCUGGAGAUUCAUAUGACCUUCUGUCGAAAAACUGCAACCACUUUUGUGAUGCUUUCUGUGAAAGACUGGGUGUACCAAAACUUCCAGGUUGGGUCAACCGCUUUGCUAAUGUUGGAGAUACUGCCGUGGUUGUUGCAGGAAAUACAGCAUUGCGGCUAAAGCAAGCAAAGACAGAAAUUGUGACUGCCAGCAAAGUGGCAUACAGAUUCAUGGCUGGUCUGGCUUCAAAUUCAAAUUCACCUGCCACCCCAGAGUCUCUAAACAAUUCGAACGGAAGCUCCCCUAGGUUCCAGGGUACUUGGUUUAGAAACUUGGUAUCUGUUGGUGCCAAGCCAUCCGGUAGUGCUUCAGAAGUUCCAGGAGGGGAUGUUGACACACUUCCACUGCAGCAGCAGAAAUCUAUGAAAUAACACCAACACAACUCGAGGCAUAAUAUUUGACAUUUAAAAAGCCAUUUUCAUGGUUGCUUGAAUGUGUACCAUUGGUCAGAAAACUUAGAAACUGAACAUGUUAUUUAUGCGCGAAGCAGGAAAUCUUUGCUUCUAGUUUCUUUUUACAUUAUCUUUGCAACAGAAAACAGAAUUUGGAAAAAAAUGAUCGUAUUUGAUUGAUUGUAUAUUUACAUUUGUGAAACCUUACGAAUUCCAAAGGGAACAUGCUUAAUUCACCCUUCUUCAAA